AUUUCUAAUUAAAAAGUUCUACGUGUCUGGCUUGAGAUAAUCAUUCUUCAAAAAUCUAUUCAAGCAAAUGGCUAGAAAGGGAACGACUCCAUGGCACGAGAGCCGCGAGAUGCACACACAAGAUGACGCCGAUUCUUCGUUGAAGGAGCAGGAGAAGACGACGAAUAAGAAGGAACAGACCACUGCGCCACCGGAAAAGAAGUUACCGACUAUUCCAGGAAAACUCCCGAAACGAUCUGUGGAGCCGCCAGAGGAGUCGCGAGAUCAAAAACCGGCUGGAAACAAGCCCAAUCUGAAGAAGUCUCCAUCUAACCCAAGAAUUCCGCCAGGAGGAAGCCAUCCUCGAAAGAAACCAAAAGUGCCGAAUCGAGACCCAAGUGGGAAACAUGUGAAUAGCGACAAGAAGAAACCUUCCGCUGAAGCUCACGACAAAGAGUCAUUGUCAUCCCCUCCACAAACUGACGCAGGAAAGGAAACAACCAAAGAAUCUGCAUCGACAUAUGGGGCGUCUUGGAAAAGUAGCAAACCAACGCUGAAAGCUGAUCUGAAAGCUAUGGAAGAUUACAUCACAAAAAUGCCGAAUUUCCAUGGAUACAUAUGUCGAGAAGAUGCUGCACAGAUUCUGAAGCAUCCUGGUGACUGGUUGGUUCGAUUGUCGGUUCCACCAUCAAAUGAUCAAGACAAGAAGAACAAAGCGCAGAACUUGGCAAAAAGUGUUGAGAGGACGAAGGGUCACAAGAGUACAAUGCAGAAAGUCUUUGUGAUCUCAGUUCUUUGCAAAGGAAAAGCUCUGUCUCCAGCAAAGUCCAAUAAUCGAAACUUGGUUAUCAAGACAAACAAUGGAAAGUUUUCAAUUGACUCUGUCCAUUGGCUUGUGAAACUUAAAGACCUUUUCUCCCACUAUCAAGGAACUUCAGCAGUUCAUAAAAAUGGAGAAUUCCAACUCUUGAACCCAAUCAGCCUCUCAAAAUGGGAGUUUCAACAUGAGGACACGGAACUUUUGGCGAAAAAACUUGGAGAAGGUGCAUUUGGAGAAGUUCGAGUCGGUCGGUUAACCACGAAAGAUCCGAAGAAAAAGUUGGUGGAGGUGGCUGUGAAGAUGCUUAAAAGUUCAGCGGAUUCAGUGACACGUGAUCAAGUUGAAGAAUUGCUUCACGAGACGAGAAUCAUGCGGAAAUUGGAUCAUCCGAAUGUUUUGAGAUCUUAUGGAGUUGCAGUUUUACGCGAACCAUUGUAUUUGAUGAUUGAGUUGUGUUCGAACGGAGCUCUACGUGAAUAUCUCAAAGAAAAUCACAAAACGAUCACUCUUGCCGACAAGAUUAACUUCGUACUAGGUUCAGCUCGUGGUGUUGCAUAUCUUCAUUCUCAACGGAUUCUACAUCGAGAUUUGGCAGUUCGCAAUAUUCUUCUCACUGAAGAUAAAACUCCAAAAGUGUCCGAUUUUGGUUUGGCUGAAUUAACGGAUAGAUAUGAAAUGAAAGAGCAUUGCAAGAUUCCUGUGAGAUACUUGGCACCGGAGACUCUAGAACUCUUCAUCUUCACUCCAAAAACUGAUGUUUUCUCAUUUGGAUGUGUGAUCUGGGAGAUCUACGAGAACGGACAACAGCCUCACGAUGGGAAAAAUGCACAGACUAUUCGAGCUCAGGUCAAGAAACGAGAGUUCCUGAAACUGUCGAGUUCGGCACCGGAAGCACUUCGACGACUAGUGGCUGAGAAGGUUUUUGUAGCGGAUCCGGAAAACCGAUGCUCGAUGACUUCGAUAGUGCAGUGCGUGGAAACUGCGGAGAAGACUGUGAAGUAGCUUAUUUUCGAUUCGGUUUAUAAAUGAAUGUGUUGUCUUGAUA